AUGACGCAGAGCCAGCUCUUGAGCUACGGUGAGGAGCUGAGGAAUGGUGAGGGUAUGCGCAAAAGACUGAAGAUCUCAGUGGCGCAUUUUGACAACUCCGCAUUGAUCAAAACCUACUCCAAGACUUUGAUCGGGAGAUGUAUGAAUCCGGAGGAACAGGAGAUGAAGGCGUUGUUCACAAAUCUUCUAAAGAUUUGGAAAUUGGAGGAGAGGGUAACGAGAACUGAUUUGGGCUUUGGCAAAUUCCAGUUCGACUUCAAGACGGAGGAGGAACUUGAAGCGGUUUUAAUGCAGCAGCCUUUCCAUUUCGACUAUUGGAUGCUGGCCUUGGCAAGGUGGCAACCAAAACAGUCCAAGUCUUUUCCCUCAGAGAUCAUGUUCUGGAUAAGAGUCAUUGGAGUCCCGCUUGAGUUUAGGACGGUCCCGACCUUUGAGAGCAUUGGGGGUGCCUUGGGGAGAGUGGUUGCGGUUGAUGUGAAGCAUAACCGGGUGCAAGUAGUCAUUGACGCGUUCAAGGAUCUGUGUCUCGAGACGACGGUGGAUUUCAAAGGAGGAGAGUUCUAUGACGGGGAGGAAGCGGCGGUGUCUCUGCGCUAUGAGAAGUUAUAA